AAAGGAACCGGAGGAUGCAUUCCAAGGAAAACAGCGGCGGGACCGGGGGGAAUGUGCCUCAGUGGAAGAUCCCAGGGGAGGGAAAGGGCUCGGUGGGUGAAGCAGAGGGCAGCAUGGCAUGAUCCCCUCCCUGUGCGCUUCCCAGGCACCAAGGAUCACAUCAUCCCGCUCCAGGAGGGCCACACGUCCCAACACAGUGAAUCCCAGCGCUUCUGCUACACCAACACCCGCGUGCCGCGAUGGAACGACAUCUGGACGAGGACACAGAUCCACGUCACCAGCAGCCGGAUGAUCCGCGUCACGCAGGUGGACAGCGAGGAGGAGCUGGAGAGGUUCAGCGUGUGGAACGUGGUGUUCUCCUUCCUGCGGGGGAAGCUCAACGACACCAGCAUCGACGUGGAUCUCUACAGCAACAAAACCUGCCUCAAGGUCGAGCUGCUGGAGCCCGGCACCUUCUACUCCGUCGUCCUCUUCCGACGCUUUGAUCCUAAGCUGUUCCUUGUUUUCUUCCUGGGCCUGCUGUUGUUUUUCUGUGGGGACUCCCUGAGCAGGAGCCAGAUCUUCUACUACUCAGCUGGGAUCAGUGUUGGCUUGUUGGCCUCGCUGCUCAUCCUCGUCUACAUGAUGUCCAAGGUCAUGCCCAAAAAAAGCCCUGUGUACUUCCUGCUGGUCGGAGGUUGGUCCUUUUCCCUGUACCUGCUUCAGCUGAUCUUCAAGAACCUGCAGGAGAUCUGCAAAUCCUACUGGCAGUACCUGUUAGGUUACCUGCUGUUGGUGGGCUUCCUGAGCUUCGCCGUGUGCUACAGGUACGGCCCCUUGGAGAACGAGCGCAGCAUCAACCUCCUGUCCUGGGCCCUGCAGCUGCUGGGGCUGCUGCUGAUGUACUGGGGCAUCCAGAUCCACCCCAUCGCCCUGGGGCUGGUGCUCAUCGCUGUCUGCACCAAGAACCUGGACUACCCCUUGCAGUGGGCCUUCGCUGCCUACCGGAGGGUGCAGAAUUCCAGGCUGGGCCCGAGCCCUCCUCGGCUGCUGACGGAGGAGGAAUUUCGGCUCCAGGGAGAGGUGGAGACCCGCAAGGCCCUGGCAGAGCUGCGGAGCUCCUGCCAGAGCCCCGAAUUCUCUGCCUGGACCACGGUGUCCCGCAUCCAGUCUCCCAAAAGGUUUGCUGAUUUUGUGGGUGGUGCUUCUCAUGUCACCCCCAACGAGGUGUCUGCCCACGAGCGGGAGUUCGGCCUGGGAAGUCUCUUUAACGAGCAGCUCUUCGAGGACGAUGAUGAUGAUGAUGAUGAAGAUGAUGAAGAGGAGGAGGAAAACCUCAAUGGCUUCUCUGUUGGGAAUCACAGGAGUGAUUCCCUGCCCCACAAGCAUCUGGAUGUUCAGUGAGGUGCCUGAGGGUGACACACGAGAGGAACUUUGGACCUGUCACGCUGGUACCUGUGUGCUCAGCACCUGCCUGGAGCCGUGGUGAGGGAGCUGCCAGUGACCUCCUCCUCCUCCUCCUCCUCCUCCUCCUCCUGUUACAAAUGUCACGGAGCUCCAGCUGGUCAGGCCACACCUCUGCCUUGGCUUCAAUCCCGUGUGGAUACCAACAACUCCGGCACCUCCCCGGAGGAGCUGUGGAGCCUCGGGGUCUGCUGGCUGCCCCUGGAUGUGGUGUUGGGGUAGAGGCCAUGCUCAGCCCCCUCUCCUCAUGCCAGGGCUGAGGAUGAGCGUGGAUGUGCUUCCUCCCUGCCUCGCUGCCCUUCUGCUGUUCUCCUCUCCCGGUGGGUGCGGGCGGGGAUUGGGGGUGACCCCAGCGAUGUUCCAGCUCCCAGUGCUGGCUGGGGAGCUCUGCCAAAGCACAAAGCUGGAGGAGACACCCCAAUCUAUGCAACUUCCUAAGCAAUAGCGCUGCCCUCAGCUCCUCAGCUGCCCUGGGGACCCCCAACCCAGCCCCUACCUCACCUGGAGCUUCUGCCAUCAGUUUGUCCCUGUCCCAGGUCUGUCCCUGUCCCAGGUUUGCUCUCCAGCCCUCGCUGUGCUUUCCUCCCGCAGACUCUGUUACUCUGUGCCCCCCACCCUCAGCGUGGUGAAUGACUGAUUGUAUUUUUAAUAAAGAUGUAUUUUUUAGGU